AUGCCGUCAUUUCAGUCGCUCCCGGCCGAGCUCCGUCUCGACAUCUGGGAGCUCACGCUUCCAGCUUGGGAUGAUCCUGCGAUCCUAUUCUGGCACCACGCUGCUGACGAGCCCAACGACCCACACGUCGUAUCGCCGCAACCCAGCAUCUACAACGUCUGCCAGGAGUCUAGGGUUGUUGUGGACAAGGUGAAGAAAUACCUUUGGACGUAUGCCGAGAACUCGCAGGGGGACAAGUUCGACAACCUCCUCCUGCGGCCGUACAUGCGCCACGACGCCGUCUACAUCGUCAAGUCGCAGUUCCACUGGUUCCGGAGGCACCAGCUCAUACUCCAGCAGCGCAACCCGGGCCCCGAGGCUCGCGACUACCUCAGGUGCAACACGGUCCUGACCAGGCUGACCCACCUGGCGCUCGACUCGAGCAUCUUCAUAGAGAACCCGACCAAGGUGCGCCUGUGGUUCAAGAAGCUCCCGAGGUGUCUCUUGCACCUGCGCAAGAUCACCAUCGUCUUCGGUAAGCAGUGGGAGCGCCCCGUCCGCAGGCCGUCGGAGCUCCUGGGCAAGGGGAACAAGAGGAAGCCGGGGAAGGAGCAAGAGUAUGACAAUGUCGCGAGGGAGUGGGCAUACAAGGAGAUCGAGCCGCCCAUGGCUCUCGAGGAGUUGAAAGGGUGGUCCUCCGACCAGACGAUCCGCCUCGUCCACGACGACCCGGCUUCGAGCCGCAGGUUGCUCGACUUGUAUGCCGAGCUGAGGUGCCUGUUGGACUCGACCAAGCCGUUUGACGACGUUCCAGAUGAGACGAGAUGGAAGUUCAACAACUUCAUUCCUUCGUGGGAGAUAGAGCUGGCGUUCGCGGAACUGGUCGUCAAGAAAUGA